GGAGCCGUUCACGCGCGACUACGAGCGUUUGCAUCGUAAAGUCACCAAAGAAGCAUGUGAACAACUGGACGAGAAGGGAUACGUGGUCAUCGACGAGUGUUUCGGCCAUGGUUGGGCUAGUGCGUUGCUUGAGGAGAUGCGGUGGCUCAACGACCAGAACCAUUUCCAGCCGAACAAGACGCAAUUCGCACUGACACAGAAGGGAACGGAUGGCAAACCGCAAGCUUUCCACUUCGUCAAGCCGCAUAUCUUCGAAGUGGAUUUACACGAUGCUUCCUUGCGCACCAAAGUGCCCGAACUAGACGCACUGUUCCACUCAACGGAGUUGCCGGAUGCUUUGACAAAGUAUUUGCCUCAAUACGACUUGCAGUUCAGCACUUCGGAUCGGACGCUCAAGUUGCAACGCAACGCUGGACACGGAGGUUGUUUCCCGUGCCACUACGACAACCCUGGCGCUCCCAACAAGCGAAAAGUGACGUGUUUGUUGUAUCUAAACGACGGCUGGGAACAAGGUGACGGUGGCGAGGUGCAACUUUUUCCCUUCUUGCAACAACCUGUGACUGUGGCGCCGAAAAUGGAUCGCGUGGUGCUUUUCCAAAGCGAUUGCAUGUUGCAUCGAGUAUUGCCAUCCCACGCUGAGCGUUAUGUGCUUACAAUUUGGCUGGAUGGUGCAAAAGUGAACGCACCCAAAGAUUCGCAAUUGAGACUGACACAGAGCGAUUUGGCCGAUUGGUUUGGCUUCUUGGAGCGAUUGCGCCGAUCUCCUGUACAGCGACUGUUGUCCAGAGGAGUGUACGAGGAGGAAUACUACGAGUCACUGAUGGAAUGUAUGCAAAGUACGUCCACCGCGGGCUGCGUGGAGCUGCUGAAGUCGCACGAAACGCAUCUCGAGAACGUCAAGCGCAACGUUCCUCUGUACAACUUCAUCAAGCGAUUGCGAGACGUUCGAGCAAUGAACAACGAAGACCCAGUGUAUUUGGGUUAA